GCUAUUAUUAUUGCUAUUCAUUGUAUUAAAUGUUUUCAAAAACGUCGAGUCAUUAAUCCGUUUGCAAAUAAAAACAUCAAUUUGUUUAACAAAACAAUUUUACCGAUCAAUCAAUUGUUGGCCGCAAACCCGUUAAUCCCGUGGACAACACAACACACACACACUCACACAAUAUGUUUGAUACGUUAAUCAAUGCCGAUAUGCGACCGGUUGGCCAUCAUUUUCAGCCGUACGCCGACAACGGCGGGACUGUUGUUGCACUGGCCGGCCCAGACUUUGUGGUCAUUGGUUCCGAUACCAGACUGUCGACCGGAUUUCAGAUCUUGACCCGCGAUCAGACAAAACUGUUUGAACUGACACCGAAAUGUAUAUUAGGCUCAACCGGCUGCUGGUGCGAUAUCUUGACCUUUCGGAAAGUACUGGACGCUAGGCUUACGAUGUACAGCCAGGACCACAAUAAGACAAUAUCGACGCCAGCGUUGGCCCAAUUGUUGUCCAAUAUGUUGUACAACAAACGCUUUUUUCCGUACUAUAUAACCAAUAUUGUUGCCGGUCUGGACACGGAUGGUCGCGGCUGUAUAUUCAGCUACGAUCCGGUCGGCCAUUGCGAACGCAAUACCUAUACGGCUGGCGGAUCGUCGUCGGCGUUGAUUCAGCCACUACUGGACAGUCAGGUUGGCCUCAAGAAUCAGGAGGGCGUCCCGGCCCGCGAUCUGACUCUCGAAUCGGCCAAGAAUUUGAUUAAAGAUGUGUUUAUAUCGGCCUCCGAACGCGAUAUCUAUUGCGGCGAUUCGGUGGACAUUCGUAUUGUCACUAAAGACGGCAUUCAAACCGAAACUAUGGCAUUGCGUCGCGAUUAGCGGCCGGCGGCCGACCGACCAGUUAUCGAUCACUGGCCUAUAGAGUCGGCGUCGGCGACAAUAUUUGUUGUGUGUUUUUUUUGUGUCUAUUUUUUUAUUAAGACACCGAUAAUAAACAAUUUCAUUAUAAUUAUUAUUAUUAAUAC